AUGGCCACGAUGUCUUCGAUCGUGAUGACUUCGGCUGCCAGCUCAGAUACAAUGUCCGAAAUAUCGGAUUCUGGAACAGGGACAUCGGGCAGGAGUUAUAGCGACAGCCGAGAAGAAAUGCAUCAAUUAGCGACUUCUUUAGGAUUAGAAUCAGCCGAUGAUUUGGCCAAGGAACGAUUCAAAGUCGACAGAAAAAAACUCGAGGCCAUGUUGCACUGUGAUGGUGAGGACGGAUUAACAGCAGUCAACUUUUUUCAAAAAGUAAUGACUGAUACAAGAACACUCAUUUUGUGGCCAACUAGACUGAAAAUUGGAGCAAAAUCAAAAAAAGAUCCACAUGUUCGAAUCGCAGGACUCCCAGAAGAUGUUAAGGCGGCUAAAAUGCAAGUGAUGAGUGUAUUGGAUGAUCGAAGCAAUCGCGUGACAAUGAAGCUGGAUCUUAGUUACACUGAUCACUCACAUAUUAUUGGCCGUGGAGGUCUGACCAUUAAACAAGUGAUGGAAAACACUGGUUGUCAUAUACACUUUCCAGAUUCAAAUAGAACAAGUUUGUUAGAAAAAAGUAAUCAAGUUUCUAUCGCUGGCAAUUGUGGUGCUGUAGAACGAGCUAGAGCUCGUGUUCGAGAAUUGACUCCGUUGAUAUUUUGUUUUGACUGGCCAAACAUUGGGACCGUUCAAAAUUAUCAAGAUCCAUCUAGUCAAUUCCCAUACAUUGGCUCUAUUCAAGACAAUUUUAAUGUUCAUGUUAUGUUUCGUACUAGACCAAAGCUUCAUUCGACUAUGGUUAUGGUUAAGGGCCACGAAUGGGAUGUCGUGAGAGUGAAAGAAGCUACCAUGCAACUUAUAACUCAUAUGUGUGGAAACCUUGCAAAUCAAGUUUUAAUACUUAUGGUUAUGGAAAUAUCUCCUCAACAUCAUAAAAUAGUAAUGGGGCCAGGCAAUGAAACACUUAGAGCUAUCACUCGUCGAACUGGAGCCCAAAUAUUGUUUCCGGAUGCUAAGGACCCAAAUAUACCUUCCAUUAAAAAAAGCAGUGUAACCAUCACUGGGCAUAUACAUAAUGUCUACGCAGCCCGUCAAAUGCUUAUUGGAUCAUUACCAUUGCUUCUUAUGUUUGACAUUCCGCAAGACGAAAUGGUAUUAACCCACGAACAAAUUGACAGUGUAAUGCAACGUUUAGACAUAUAUAUAUCGCUUCGACAUAAAGCUAGUCAAAAUAUAUAUACCGUUUCAAUAAAAGGUUUUGAAAGAUCUGUAGGUAACAUUUAUGAGGGUAGAAAGUGUUUACUGGGUGGUACUGGAGAAAUAAUAACACCAAGUAUACCAAAUACAUAUAAUGUGUCAAAUGAAAAUCCAUCAUUUAUAGUUUCCAAUGGAGAAUUUUUCAGUGGAAAUCGAUAUUCAAAUAAAUCUUUUAACAAUUUAGGCGGGUUUAAUAAUUUUGCAAACUUCCCUGGAUCAAUUUCUACAUCAUGUCAAAAUAGUGUAAUUAAUUUACCUUUGGUAAGCAAUCAUGGAAAUAUUUCUCAGAUUAACGUUUUGGGCCCAAGAAUACAACAGUUGGCUAACGAUAUAAAAAUGGACAAUUUAUCAACUAAUAAUAAUCACAUUGGAAAAUCAACAUUUAAUUAUAUGCAAGACUCAAAUACUUCUCCAAAUCAAAGUUUGUUGUCAUCGUGUAAUGAAUUAGAUUUAGAAAUUUUUGAGAACCGUGCACCUGGUUUUCGAAGACAGCCGAUAACUUAUGAUUACCAUAAUUUACGGGUUGCUGCAACACAAGUGUCUCAAAGUAAACCAAAUCGAUCUGAAAUAAGAGUUCCAACAUCUGUAUGGUCUGGUUAUGGUUUUAGUCAAUCAAGUCCUUCAGCUAUUUUAAAAGGACAACGAGAUAAUGAGCUAAAUAUAUGGAGUAACUCUACACCUGAAAUAAAUAAUGAUAUUUCUGAACUGGCAUCGAUGGAAAUGAGUAAUCAUCUUGACUCCACGCCUACAUCGACUGUGUCUAAAAUCACAUCUUCUUCAUUUGCUGAUUUACCAUCUCAUUUGGCAAUUCUUGGUUUAGAUAAAUAUAUAAAUUUAUUUAAAUCCCAUGAAAUUGAUUGGACUACUUUCAAGACAUUGACAGAAAGUGACCUACGUGAAAUUGGUGUUACAGCCUUAGGAGCUCGAAGAAAGAUAUUGUUAUCUAUAGCAGAAUUGAAUAAAAGGUGUCCAGUUGGUGGAUUAUUUGGUAUUAGCCCAGCUCCAGGUGCAGAAAGAAAAAGUCCUGCAUCAAAUAAUAGCCCAUCAGACACAUGGUAA